CUUGCCUUAAAACGUUUGACAAAGUAGCCAUUGAACUCCAUCAUUUAUCAUGACUGAAAUCAAAUCAUUCAACCCCGAGAUCCCGAAGGAGGAAGUCGAUCGUCUGUUCCGCAAGCUGGCAGAUACUCGUUUACCGAAAGAACCAAUUGUACCUGAUGCAGGUGAAGACUAUGGUCCCUCGCUAGAAUGGACCAAUAAGCUCUACAACCACUGGCUGCACAAGUACUCCUGGGCUGAUGCACAGGCGCAAAUAUCCGAGUGGAAGCACUACACUACCUCAAUCGAAGGCCUGAACGUCCACUUCAUCCAUGAGAAAGCGCGUGUGCGUCAGAACGAAGCAAUUCCACUACUCCUCAUCCACGGCUGGCCUGGCACAUUCUUCGAAUUCCAAAACGUAAUGCAUCCUCUGCUCUCGCCCUCUGAUCCAAAAUCUCCCGUCUUCGAUCUGAUCGUUCCCUCCCUCCCGGGCUUCUGCUGGUCUCAAAGUGGCCCUCGUGGCUGGAAGCUCCAAGACACAGCGCGCAUCUACGACACGCUCAUGAAAAGACUGGGCUACACAUCCUACGCCACACAAGCAGGUGACUGGGGGCAUUGGGUGGUAAGAGAACUCGGCUCCGGCCGCUACAACGCAUGCAAAGCCGUACACACAAACAUGUGUCCCGGCGCUCCUCCUCCCGACUACAAGAUGAACGAGAAGGAACAAGCAUCCAUGGACCGCGCGCAGUGGUUCAUGGGUGAGAAACUGAAUGAGGGACAUAUGAGCUAUGCCAUCUCCAUGCGCACACGUCCGCAGACGAUUGGAAUAGCGUUCAACGACAACCCCGUAGGCAUAAUGAUGUUUGUUGGCGAGAAGUACAAUGAGCUUGCUGACCCGCAUCUCGGGACUGCGACACUGGAGAAUGAGCAGUUUGUAAACGAUAUUUGCACUACGCUCUCACUGUAUUUUUUUACGCCGCCGAGUAUCAUGACGAGCAUGCUGUGCUACUACAACAAUGUGCGGCAUGAGGAGUAUACCGAGUUCGACGCGAAAGAGGAAAACCUGAUACGAGUACCACUGGGAGUUACCACGUUUCCGUUCGAUGCGUUCCCAGCCCCAAAGGCUGGUGUUGAAACCACGACGACAAAUUUAAAGUUCUUCAAAGAGAGGGAGUCUGGUGGGCACUUUGCAUGUAUGGAGCGUCCUAAUGAGAUGGUUGAGGAUAUGCGCGAGUUCUUCGGAAAGUAUUACGAAGCGUAGAGAUCGGAGCAUUGGAUGUUCGAUCUGGACAAGGCGAGUUUGAUCGGAUAUAGAUGUGUAUAAGUAAUGAUGGAUUU